AAUGGCAAUGUCAUGUUCACUCUUCUUCUUGACGCUCUUCUUCUUCACAACACCUUCACAAGCUAGACUCACUUUGGAUUUCUACAAGGACUCGUGUCCCCAAUUCAGCAAGAUCAUCCAAGACACUGUCACAUCCAAGCAGAUCUCCAGCCCCACCACCGCCCCCGCCACGCUCCGCCUCUUCCUCCACGAUUGUCUCCUCCCCAACGGCUGCGAUGCUUCCGUUCUCCUCUCCUCCACCGCCUUCAACACCGCCGAACGCGACGCUGACAUCAACCUCUCCCUCCCCGGCGACGCCUUCGACCUCGUCGUCCGCGCCAAGACCGCCCUCGAACUCGCCUGUCCCAACACCGUCUCCUGCGCCGAUAUCCUCUCCGCCGCCACGCGCGACCUCCUCAUCAUGCUUGGCGGCCCCUACUUCCCCCUCUACCUCGGCCGCCGCGACGGUCGCAUCUCACGGGCGGCCUCCGUCGCCGGCCACCUCCCCAAACCCUCGAUGCCAAUCUCCCAAAUCACCGAAAUCUUCACCCAACGCGGCUUCUCCGUGGAAGAAUUCGUGGCUCUCAGUGGGGCCCACACCGUCGGGUUCUCCCAUUGCUCCGAAUUCAUCUCCGACAUCAACACCAACUACACUUCUUAUUCUUCCCAAUAUAACCCUCGUUUCGCUCAGGGGCUUCAAAGGGCUUGCGCUGAUUACAAAAAGAACCCUACCUUGUCAGUGUUCAACGAUGUUAUGACACCUAACAAGUUCGAUAACGUUUACUUCCAGAACCUUCCAAAGGGUUUGGGUGUGUUGAAAUCGGAUCAUGGGUUGUACAAUGACCCUAUUACUAGACCCUUUGUUGAGAACUUUGCUAAGGAUCAAAAUAGGUUCUUUCAGGUCUUUGGUAAGGCAAUGCAGAAGCUUAGUCUCUUGGGCGUUCAAACUGGGAGAAAGGGUGAGAUCAGACGCAGGUGUGAUCAGGUUAAUUGAUUCAUUCAUUCAUGUUUGUCACUUGGCAUU